UUGUUAUUUUAGGAUCAAUGAGAUACUAUCAUAGUUAGUAGUUAGUUAGAUGUUUUCCUUUUUCAUUUUUACUUGAGCUAAAGUUGUGUUUUUGUCUAUAGUUUUUUAUUCAUUUUCAUUAUGAGUUAUUUUAGUACAUCAAGUUAAAUUAAAUAUAAUGAUUCAGUUAAAGGCACAGUAUGUAAUUUUGGCCACUAGAGGGCGCAUAUUUAAAACAAGCAAAGAAACAAAGGUGUAGUUUGAUGAUGCCAUGAUUUAGUGUGGAAUCAUGGGAGUUGUCAUCCCUGCAGUCGAUGCAAUCCUAUGGGACUCAGGCAGAAAUUAUGUUCAUAGGUAAGCUAAUGUAUUCAUGUUUUAUUAACGUCAUUAGGAUGAAGCAGGGUAGGGCUGAAAGCCAUUGAAUCGGAUUGCUAAUGAGAGUUUUUUAUUGUGUCACAGUCAACCGCUUCUGCUCCUUCCGGUCAUUUGUUUGUGGGGUAAAGCAGCGUUUUUUUUUUAAAUAGUAGAUACAUUUGAGUGUGUUGAAAGUUUUGUUAUAAUGCUUCUCUGUGUGUUCGUCACCUGUCUAAUAAAAUGCAUAGCAAGUCAGGUUGUUUUGGUUUUGUUUUGGAUUUGCUUUGCUGUUGUUUUCUUUGUUCCUAUAGGUUGCCAGCUAAGAAUCAACCUGUUCUUAAUUGGAGAACUGGAUAUUUGAGAGAUCCGUCCUUGUUGGGAGGAGGCUGCUUCUUUUGUUGACAUCCUCUUGUUGAGCUCCGCUGGACAGUUGGACCUUUUACCGUUAUCUUUCUUUAAAGUGCCCCUAUUAUGGAUUUUUGAAAAUUACCUUUCAUACAGCUCUAAAUUAAUGAAAACAUCCUUCAAAGCUUUAAAUCUUAAAGUGCUCUGUGUAUAAAGUUAUUUUUGAUUUAGAGUCAUGAAAACAAGUUGUUUUUAAAACAAAUCUUAAGCUGUUUGAAGUUGACGUCAACGUUAGUUGAACCCCCCUCCCUCAGACACUGUAGUGGAUAUGUGGAGAAGACUCUGUGCUCUGCACUGUGAGGGUAAGUCUGUUAGGGUGCAGUUAGGGUAAGUCGAAAAACUCCCAACUCAUUUUCUCCUCCAACUUCAAAAUCGUCCUACGUUGCUGCAGAAGUACCGACCCAGUGUUUACAAGGUGAACGUGCAAGGAGGGUCAAACACCCUUUACCAAAAAAAGGUAAAACUUAUUCCUCGGCUGGGAUCAUUUAAAGUUCUUUGAAGCUGCACUGAAACUGCAUUUUUACCCUUCAAUCCUUUGAGCACCACUAUAUGGGGAAAAAUUCUGGAAUGUUUUCCUCAAAUUCUUUGUGACUGUAGAAAGACAUGAACAUCUUGGAUGACAUGGGGAGUGAAGAAUGUGAUGGUGACGGAGCAUUAUGGAGUGCUCGUGGAAGACUCUGCUGCUGCUCGUCUGCACGUCUUUGGGAGUGCAGUACACUGCUAUCCGCUCCCUCCGCGACUCCUUCAGUGGCCCAUGCCAAGACUCCGCCCACUGCCAAGGACGCCAGGGUAAAGAGCAGAGAUGGAAAUCUCUUUGCGAUGACAGCCAUGGCGUCCCUGAUGAGACCGCUGCUAGAAAGCACAUCCUUCUGUUUGCACAAACCCGCAGUGGCUCCUCAUUUACCGGACAACUUUUCAAUCAACAUCCUGGCAUGUUUUAUCUUUUCGAGCCCCUUUUCCAUGUGCAACAGGCCUUUACCAAUUCUAGCAGCCGUCUGCAAAGAGCUUUGGAUGGCAGAGCUCUUCUGGGAGCUUACCGAGACCUCCUUCUCAAUCUCUACAACUGUGACUUCAGCUUCCUAGAAAGCUACAUUCGCCCCGAACCACAGGAUCACAUGACCGGGGCCUUUUUCCGCCGCAGCUCCAGUCACGCCCUGUGCACGCCGCCUGUCUGCCAGGAAGGUGGUGAGGAGAUUCUAGCCGGGCAACCGGAUGAAGUCUGGUGCCCGAAAAAGUGCCAGGCUUUGAACCUCACGCUAGCCUCUCAGGCGUGCCAAGCACGAAGCCACAUUGCCAUAAAAACGGUCCGUAUCCCAGAAAUAGGCGACCUCCGUACGCUUUCAGAAGACCCUCGUUUAGAUUUGCGAAUCGUCCAUUUGGUAAGAGACCCCCGAGCCAUUCUCGCCUCCCGCAUGACUGCUUUUGCUGGUAAAUUCAGGGCUUGGAAGAUCUGGAACGCCACCGGCCGCCAACCACGCUACGUGGACCUCACUCAGAUAACGAGAACAUGCAGAGACAUCAAGUAUUCUGUGGAAACCAGCCUGCAGAAACCCACAUGGCUGAGAGGGCGAUAUCUUUUGGUGCGCUAUGAAGACUUGGCCUUGAAUCCUGAGGAAAAGGCCAAGGAGAUAUACAGAUUUCUGGGCCUGGACCUGGAUCAAAGAGUCCUUGCGUGGAUUGCUCAUAACACCAAUGGCACUGGUGCAUCUUCUUCAGAGUGGAACUAUAAGUACUCCACUACAAGAGACUCGAAAGCCACAGCUCAGAGUUGGAGAAUACAUCUGAAUUUUGAUAUUGUUAAGACAGUUCAAUCUCUUUGUAAUAGAACUCUUGCUCUCCUAGGCUACAAGCUUGUCCGGUCUGUAGAUGAACUGAGGAAUAUAACAAAAAGUUUAAUGGAGCCAAGGACGUAGUAAAGCUCAUUUUUAAGUGAACUACUUAAAGUGACUUAUAUUGCUUUGAGUGUAUGCACUGAAUCAAACAGGACUCAGCAAAGUACAUUGGUUUUUCAGUUUGUUUUGACAAUUUGCAUACUAAUUGUCCAUGCUGUGUAAAUGCAACAUUUUAGAUCCUAUUUGGUGAAAACUUAGCUCAUGAAUAAUAAUCAGAUCAUGAAUAUGAUGCUUGGUACUUUUUCUUAAAGGUGUAGUUUACACAAAAAUAUAAAUUCUGUCAUUAAUUACUCAACCUCAUGUCGUUCCAAACCUGUAAGACCUUCGUUUAUCUUCUGAACAUGAAUUAAAGGAUUAGCUCACUUCCAGAACAAAAAAUUAUUGAUAAUGUACUCACCCCCUUGUCAUCCAAGAUGUUCAUGUCUUUCUUUUUUUAGUCGUAAAGAAAUUAUGUUUUUUGAGGAAAACAGUUCAGGAAUUUUCUCCAUAUAAUGAACUUCUAUGGUGCCUCGAGUUUUAACUUCCAAAAUGCAGCUUCAAAGGGCGAUCUCAGCCAAGGAAGAAGGAUCAUAUCUAGCGAAACAAUAUGUACUUUUUUUGAAUAAAUAAAUAUUUAUAGACUUUUUAACUGCAAAUGCUCAUCUUG